AUGUCCUGCCGCCUCUCGCGGGGAGGAACCCCCCCCGCGCCUGCGCUCCGCUGCACCGAUGCGGUGAUCUGCGCGCCGCGUCUGUCGGCGCGUUUAGCGGGGACGCUCGCGCUCCUGCUCGUCGCCGGCGUGUGCGGCGGCUUCUGCGGCCGCGCUAGCGCCGUCGCCGUCAACCAUAACGACUGGGCGGCGCUGCUGUCACUGCGCGCCGAGCUGAGAUUCACUGCGUCCGCCUCGCGCACACAUAAGGGGCUCUGGGCGGCGCUCCUCUCACUGCGCGCCGAGCUCAACUUCACUGUGCCCGCCUCGCGCACGCUCAAGGCGCUCUGCUCUUUUCUCUCCCCGCCCCCCCUCCCCCUCCUCCCCUCCCCGCCCCGCCCUCCGUCCCCAGGGGCUGCACUCUUCUCACUGCGCGCCGAGCUCAACUUCACCGCGCCCGCCUCAUGCACGCCCGAGGGGCUCUGUUCUCUUCUUCCCCACCCUUCCCCCUCCCCCUCCCCCCCUUUCUCCCCAGGGGCGGCUCUCCUCUCACUGCGCGCCGAGCUCAACUUCACCGCGCCCGCUUCGCGCACACCCAAGGCGCUGUGGGCGUCGCGGGCGAGCUGUGAUGACCUGUACGGCGUGCGGUGCGACGAGCAGGGCAGCGUUACCUCCCUGUGA